UGUAAUUUACCCAAAUAUCUUCUGCAGCAUUUAUACGUUAGGAAAAGGAAGAAUCUAUUCCCUCAAUUGAACGGUUGGGUUUUGGAUCAUCCAAAAUCGUUCAUCACUGAACUGUGCUACUCAGACUUCCAUACACUUUUCUCUGGCAAACUCACAAAUCAGAUGCAGAGGCAGUAGAAAAGGAGGGUGGAAAAGGUAGGGUAGUUGUUCAAAGGAACGGGAAACGAAAGAAGGGGAUUUUAUUUUAGUGUAGAAAUGGUGCAAGUUUUAUCGGCAAGCACUCUACCUCCCUCUGGAAGUAAUAGCUGGUGCGGAUCUACCCAAUUUUUAGGGAAGCAUUUGAGGCUAACAAAGCAAAUCCACGGAAUCUUUGGAGUUGGAAGUCCAUGCCUUCGGUAUCAAGGUGCACAGAAAUUACCCUUCAUUAGGCCCUCUGACUUAUCGAGAGAUCGAAAUUUGAGGGUUGAAGCUGGUUGGAUUUUUAGAGGAAGGGACCAGGGAUCAGAAGCAAGCUCAGAGCGAUCAGGAGCAAGCUCAGAGCGAAGUGAAAGCGCCAAUGAGGAUAUACUGAUUUUCUUUUUUCAGCUCGACUUGGCGACUCAAGUGCAGCGUGCUCUGAACUUGGAGGACUAUGAAUUUGCUCAACAUCUGAGAAACAAGCUUACUGAGGUUGAAACUGAGGUUAUCAAGCUGCAAGAAGGAAGAAGAGGAUCAAACUCUAAGAGUGAAGCACAAGACAUGGCUAUAAGUAUCUUACGGCUGCGUUCAGACCUUCAGAAUGCAGUUCAGAGUGAGAAUUAUGGACUGGCAGCUGAAUUACGGGAUAAAAUAUCUAAGCUGGAGGCAGAGUCGCUUGCCGCCUCGGCAACAGCUCAACUGUAUGGAAAUGCUCAGUAUGCAUUUCGAUUGGGCCAGAAAGUGGGGCACAAAAUAUUCGGGUAUCGAGGUGUUAUUUGUGGAAUGGAUCCAUUUUGCUGUGAAUCAAGUUCAUGGAAGGAUAUUGCGAAAGUCGAAAAGUUGUCUCGUGGUCCUAGCCAGCCAUUUUAUCAGGUCUUGGUUGAUGUAUAUUCGGAGCCUGACCUACUAGUCGUAUAUGUUGCUGAGGAAAAUUUACUGGCCCCUGAUCAACCAGACAAGGGGAGGUUUGAGCAUCCUUACAUGUCCUUUUUAUUCUACGGUAUGGAUGCAGCUGGAGACUUCAUCCCAAUCAAACAGCUGCGCGAGAAGUACGAUAGACCUCGACAUGAGGUCCCCUAUGAUGAACCGGAAGAAAAUGGGGGUGAUUCGUGAGUGGUAUUGCUUGAUUUCUGAUGAUUUGGGCUUUUGGAGAGCAAGAUAACCUUGUGACUGCCAGAAUUCUGUACAAGUUCAGUUUUCUUAUUUGUUUUUCAAAGUGAGCCAAUUUCCUAUGAUUUGGUAUUUACAAGUUGUAUAUCACAUAAAUAGCUGAUCAGUUGUAGAUAUGUAGCUUGGUCUUUUGGUGACUAUGGAUGUUCAUUUUGUUUCGGAUGUAGAAAGCAUCUAAACUUGAAGGAAGUUUUAUUAUUGAUGUAGAAAGAGCAGACAAUUCUAUGCUUUGAAUUUGAGUCUCAUUGUUGGCAACCGCAAA